AAAUGCUCGAAACCGUUCUAUAUGAGGCUUGUCCUUCGGCAAUUCCUUUUUGAACUUGGCUUGGCCAUGUUAGGUGUAGUCAAAGGCCCGGUGGUGAUGUUCAUCGAUUCGCGCCUUCACAACAGCAAGGCGGCCAUGGUGUACGAAGCCCGUGCCCUCGUUGAACUUUUUGACCGAGCUGAUGUCCGACGAUGGAGAGUUAUCAUCACGCUUCCAGCGACAGAUGACGGUAUCCGUGCUGCGCGCCAACUCACCGACAAAUACUCAAUAGGUGUACAUCUUUCAAUGGUGACUUCCCUUGCACAUGCUCGCGCCUGCAUCGAAGCUGGAGCAGUUAUGCUGAGUAUGAAUAUCGCUCCAAUCAUGACAUGGUUCGAGAAGAAAGACGAAGUGGAAGUCGAACACCCAAUUACUCCCGACCAUCCUGGCAUUAAGACGAUACAAUCAUGCAUCGAUUACAUCCACCAAAACUCUCUGAACACUUCUUUGCUAGUAACUGACAUUCGGGAUUGGGAUGAAUUGAAGCAAUUAGGUGGCGUUGGCGUCGUCGCGCUGAGUCAAAAACUGCUCGAUCAGAUUUCUACGCUUGGGCUUACGACCUGGUUUCCAGAAAUAUUGGAAGAGUACGACUGUCCGCCUGUAUGUCAAUGUUCCAAGUAUCUUUUCGACUUCCGGAACCACGAAAGAGGUCUCGGAAUGAUUUUGUCCGCCGGGGAUCGUAGUAUCAUGUCGUCUGUGGUUUACAUUCAACUUGGACGAAACAAAGUUUUCAUGCAGAAGAUUGAAGAUGUCAUCAGAAAAGAAGUCGACGAGCGUUUCUACGUGGACGCCUUCGAUCCGCUCUCUACUACUCUAUAUGGCCAGGAGUCGAUUGGGUGGCGAAAACGCGAACAAGACUAA